AGAGUGCCCGCGACGCUUUUUCGUCUGAGAGGGAGUGAGGAAGGGGGAGAGAGAGAGAGAGAGAGAGAGAGAGAGAGUCGGGCGAUGGAAUUUAGUGUGAGCGGGAACGCCCUGAAGACCUUCACUCGCUCUAUCACGUGCCUCGCACGAGUCGGAAACGAGCUCGCCAUCCAAGCUUCGUCUUCUCAGCUUGCUUUGCACACUCUCAAUUCGUCACGGUCUGCCUAUCACUCAAGUACAUUUAAGCCUGAAUUCUUUGAUGUCUAUACUAUAUCUUGUAACCAGGUGCAAUGUAGUGUGCUUUUGAAGGCUGUUUGUUCUGUGCUUAGGACACCUUUAGCAACUAUAGAUCAUUUGAGCAUACGAUUGCCUGAUCCCGAUGCAUCAAAAAUGCAAUGGACUUUAGAAUGCUACAGUGGUAUGAAAAAAUCCUAUUGGAUUAUUUGCAAUGUUGAACCAGACAUACAACAUCUAUCUCUUGAUAGGAGAAGAUUCCCAAGCAGCUUAGUUGUGAGACCUAGAGAUCUAAACAGAUUGCUUGCUAAUUUUCAGUCAUCGCUUCAGGAGAUUACCAUCAUAGCAACAGAAGCCACUUCCAUGCCUUCUGAUGUGGCAAGUGAAAUUGGAGGAAAAGCUGUCGAACUUAGAAGUUAUAUUGACCCGACCAAAGACAGCGACUCAUCACUGCAUACUCAACUAUGGAUAGACCCUGCAGAAGAGUUUGUGCAGUAUACUCACACGGGAGACCCCAUAGAUGUGACGUUUGGUGUGAAGGAGUUGAAGGCAUUCCUUUCCUUCUGUGAGGGCUGUGAAGUUGACAUUCACUUGUAUUUUGAGAAAGCCGGAGAGCCUAUUCUAAUGGCACCCAAGUUCGGUCUAGAUGAUGGGUCCACUUCAAAUUUUGAUGCUACACUUGUACUUGCAACCAUGCUAGUGUCGCAGCUCCAUGAAAGCAAUACCUCAGAACCUCCACAAGCAGCUACUGUAAUGCACAUUCAGGAAGAUCAUGGGACAGGGUCAGAACCAGGACGAGAAAGGUGUGGAACAAAUGUUUCGGAGCAUCCAUCUGAUCACACCAGAAUUUGGUCUGAUCUUUCAGGAAGUGGUGCAAGAAAUGGCAGUGGUGCCGAAGCAGGACAGGCUCAAGGGGAAAGAAAUUUGAGUGCUAAUGGACAGAGAGAAAUUCAAAGGAUGAGCACAAUGCAUAUUUCAAAUCCUGCAUGUGCUAGGGAAAAUGAACCUGUGCAGGAGGAUCAUAUGGAAGAACCUCGAGAUAGGUCACAAAUUAACGGUGAUGGCUUUUCACAACGUCAUCCUAGCAACUGGAUAGAUGCAGAUGAGGAUGAUAGUGAUGAGGAUGGAGAGGAGAAUGAACUCUGUAUUCCUUCAACACCACCAUACUAUGAAGAACAUUAGGAUUAUUUGCUGUAGUAAAGGUUUGCUGGAUUUCUUCUCUUUCUUAUGUUGUGGGACCCAUUAACACGUAGUUAUCUCCUGCAGUUAAGCAAUUUGUGGUUUUUCUCGUUAAUGUCGGCGUGAUCCCUGAACAUAGCUUACAUGCCAGGAUGUCAUCAACCUUUGUAUUAUUUUCUCAUUUAUUCUAAUUUUGUUAUUGUUGAUCUUUUGGUAUGGUUGGAAUAGUUCAGACUGGUUGUGGGUUUCUUUUUCUUAUGUGCUUUUCAACACCUGGAGCUGUUAAAAUACGGUUGCUGGGGCUGUUUGGGAAUUCAGAUACUAAAGGGCAUUUCUGUCCAAAUGUGAGAGAAUGUCCCUUCCUUGUGCA